CAAGCACGGGAUCGCUCAGGCACGCUACCGCUCCUUCAGCCAGCCGACUGGAGCGAAGACGUGGCCUAUGACAAAUGUCCGCCUACAUGCAUCUACUACUUAAUCGAGUGGAAGCUGAUAGUAAACGGUAGAGUUGCCGCGAAAGACACCGAACAGAACCUCGUGCUUGCCCCUAAUAUAUACUGGGACGUUCUAGAGAAAUAA